AUGCCUUCCUACCCCCAAACCCCCAAGCCUCUGCUGUUCCGUCUUCCGCUCGAGGUCAGGCUCAUGAUCUAUCGCCACGCUUGGAAGGUUGAUCCCAAGCAUCACACAAUCAAGGGCUCUCGUCAACUGAUGGAGUCCUACUUGAAGCAACAGCUUACAGCAAUUGGGAGGUUGGGCGCCAUCUGCCAGCAAAUGCGGACCGAAGCCUUCGAUGAAUAUUUCCACCAUGCUCAAGCUUAUCUACGGUGGGCAACUUACGGUAGUGGUUCCAGAACGCUACAUAAUCGUUCUUACAAAGAACUCCUCUUAAGCUCUCCCUUACUCAUGGCUCAUCUGAGACACGUGAGCUUCCACUGGUCCGGUGAGAAUGCCCACAGAAAGAAAGAAGUCUCACCCACCCAAGCAGUACACUGGCUACAUUGUCUUAAGCAGCUCAGAACGCUUGAUCUCGUUAUUUCACAUGUACACGUGGGGUACUUCUACCACGGCUACAGCUAUAAGCAAAAGCAGGUGUUACUGAGCUUGGCAAAUUUACGCGGACUAAAGAAGGUGACCAUCAAGCAUGAAGACAAUGGCUCCUGGCUUGGCAACCCAGAAAAUUCAAGCUCCCGAUUGCACAAUUGCGACCUGUGUCGAAAGUUUAAGGAGGAGUUUGAGAAUCUAGUGAUGACACUGCCCAAGGACGCCGAACCUCCCUGCCAGGCCAUCAAAGAACACCUGGGGUGCCUCAACCCUCGUUGGAUAAAAACAAAGUCCGACAGAAUUUAG